AUGAAUUUUGGAGCGCCAAAACUCAUUGUAAUGAAUCGAAAAAGAAAAGCGUUUUGCUGUGCAGAAGGCCCAAAUUGCGUGGCUCGUUUGAACCACGGUCUGAGCGAUAUCGCAAUUAAUUGGAGCGGAGGGCUUCAUCAUGCAAAGAAGCGAGAGGCAUCAGGCUUCUGCUAUGUUAAUGAUAUUGUUAUUGGAAUUUUGGAAUUGUUGAAGUAUCAUCCACGGGUGCUGUACAUUGAUAUUGAUAUUCAUCAUGGCGACGGUGUUCAGGAAGCAUUUUAUUUGACAGAUCGCGUGAUGACUGUUUCGUUUCAUAAAUAUGGUAAUUAUUUUUUCCCUGGGACAGGCGAUAUGUACGAUGUUGGCCAGGAUACGGGUCGUUAUUUUUCUGUGAAUGUUCCCAUGAAGGAAGGCAUGGACGAUGAAAAUUACCACUCACUGUUCAAGCCAAUAGUACGAGCGGUCAUUGAGUGUUACAAUCCAUCCGUCAUUGUGUUGCAGUGUGGCGCCGAUUCGUUGGGUUGCGAUCGCCUUGGCUGCUUCAAUCUUAGCUUUUCGGGCCACGGAGAAUGUGUAGAUUUUGUGCGUAGCCUUGGUAUUCCAAUGCUUGUUGUUGGCGGUGGUGGUUAUACGUUACAGUAUCUACAGUUCUUUGCGCCUGAGUUUACACUGAGGCCGACACUAGCAAAGCGACAAGAGAAUCAAAAUACGAAAGAGGUCAGUUUUGAAGUGUGGUUGCGAACAGUCUAA